AUGUAUUGCUUCAAUAGUCUCUUUAUUCUUUUAUGUCUUUUACCAAGUAUUCUAUGUUCUAUUGAUAAGAAUUUUAUUCAAAAACAAAAUGAAGUAAUGAAAGAAUUUUUUUCUAUAUGUAUUGCAUUGAUUAUAAUUGGUUUCAUUAUUGGAUCGAUUAUAUUAAUUAUUAUUCUACCAUUUAUUGUUGAUUCAACUGUUGUUGAUGAUGAUCAAGAAUCGAUGGAUUCUUCGGAUGAGAGUCAAACAAAUGAACAAAAAUCCAAAAUAGAAUCAGAUGAUUCAUUACCAUUAACAGAUGAUGAUGAUGAUGAUGAGAAGAAUAUUAUUGAACAAGAUAUAGAUGAAAUAUCAUCAUUUUAA